UCUUUUUCAUUCACAGUUUACAAACAGGUUUAUCUGCCAUGCCCUUGUUUGCAGAAUAAUACCAAAUAUGCCUUUCUACCUCCGGAAACUGCCCCUGGAGAUCCCUCCACCUACAGAAAAGGAAUGGAUUAAAAAAGAUGAAGAAGAAGCUUUCUUCCUGAAAGAUCCAGACCAAAUAAUUGAUUAUUUGCCUCAGCCUUUCCAGAUGGUCAACAAAUUGGUGACUGUCUUGUUUGAACGGGCCUGGGAAAUUAUCGAGGGCAGGGAGCAGUGCCAUGUGAUGAAGAAACAUCAUCCUCCACCUGCUCAGUAUUGGCCUUCAGCUGAGUUUCAGGUAGUGGGAAGGGCAAAUUGCCUGGCAGCCUCCCAAGAAUACAUCUUCAUUGGACUCUCUACAGGACUUUCUGUCUUCAGCAUAGCCACUUGUGAGAAGCUCUGUGCUUGGGAGACAGCUAGGCUUGAAAUUUGUACUCUCCGUGCCUCAGAUCUGGAAAAUAAUUCCCACAUCCUUGGCGCAGUGGAUGAGAUGGGUUCUGCCCAUCUCUUAUAUUUUUCCAAGGAGAACCUCCUGCAUGUAAAAGCCAUAAAUGAAGUGGAAGACAUCAGCAAGCGAAACACCUGUGUUCAACUGGAACUCUCUUACCGGGGUGAUUACGCAGGCUUCCUAUUACAAGGCAACUUAGAGGCCUGGCUGGAGAUCUACCGCUUACCCAAGGAUUCCUGGCAGAAGGAGACAGAACAUGUCCAAACAUUUGCCCUCACAGGUCCAGUUUUGAAUUCAUCUCCAGCAUCUUUCAGGGACAGGAAACUCAGCACAGCAACCGUGGAAAGGAAUGUGGAUUUCCGGAGCUUGGAUACCCCAGGAGAAAAUACAGAAGAACAGGACUUGCAACAGCUUCUAAACCGAGAAUGUAAACUGAGUCCUCCUGCUCUAUUGAUGAAGGUCAGAUCUCCAAAGUCACCUGCGGGUAGUGCAUUUAAGAAUCCUUAUGAAGCUUUAAUGAAGAGUGAUGAUGGCACUGUGGUUGGCUUGGGACAGAACCAUAUAAUCAAGGACCACCAGUGGGAACGACUGGAAGAGAUUUUUAACAGUACUUUCCAACAAUAUCUGGACUUAGAGAGCAAGGAGAAACUCAGCCAUGCUAUGUUUCAUUUUCACGGUCCUGGACGCACCUUGCCCAUUGGAAUGGAAAACAAAGCUGAGCCAGAUGCUCCUGUGGCACUCAGCCUUCACUGGAGUUCAAGCCACAAUCUCUGCUUCUACCUGCUUAGUCGUCCUCCAAAGGAGAAACCAGAUUCUGAUCCGAAACCUGACAUUAUUUGGCCGUGCGCCGCUCCAAUUGUGUUAUCGUGUGUCACUCCUUGCUCUUCUUAUCUGGCGUUUGUUUGUGAAGAUGGGGCCAUUACUGUUUGGGACAAAUAUCUAGGGUUCCCCUUGUUUGUGACCAUGCUUCCAGAUGGAUGUGUUGUCCGCAGUAUCCAGUUCAUGCCAUAUUGCCCACUGACCAGGAACAAGACCCUUUCUCCCAGCAAGUACCCUGCUUGUACCAAUGUGCAGCUUCUGGUGUUGUGUGCGGAUGGGUCUCUCCACCUGAUGACCUCAGGGGCCAAGGAGUUCAGCACCAAGAUACUGGUAUACAAGCCAGAGGAUCCAAGUCAAGUCAUCAGUGCAGCAGCAACCGUUCCAUCCUUAGCCAAUGCAGUGCUGACUUGCUCCUGGGCUGGCACAGUCAGUCUGAUGGACUCUGCAACAGAAGCAACUGUAAUGCAUUUCAUCACCCCACCUCCUUACAAAGUAACAACGCCCUGGCAUCCUGUUUUUACUGUGGAUACUGACGGCAAAUAUUUGAUCCUCCAAGGAUUUGAACAAUCUGCAAGCGUGAAAGCAGAGACUGGAAUUAACCGAAGCACCAUCUUUCUCUUUGACAUCACAUCUUGCCCAGAGACUUCCUUGCAGGAUGAUGCGUGUCCACCUGACUCUUUAAAGCACCUGCCUUGGGACAGGCGAUGUGAUAUUUUCCUAAACAACCACCUACAGCAACCGUCAGCAGUUAGCCAGCAGAUGCCUGAGUGUUGGAGCCAGCUGCGGAUAUACAUGGCCACCUUGCAAAGGGAGGCCCAGGAGAAGUGACGGGGCAGUGGUAGAA